AUGUUAUCUAUAGUGAUUAUCAAAUGGUUGGUCCACAGCCUACACAAUCAAAGAAAACAACAGAAUCUAGAUAGUGGCAGGCCUACCAAAAAGGCUGAGAGUAGGUCAUCCAAGAAGAGAUCAGUCAAUGCCAAAGACACCAAGUCAGAAGUGGACAUUCUCAGUCCAGCAGCCAUGCAGAAUGUUUACUACAUUUCACACAAUGCAGUUGACUAGUUCCGAGGCUUUGGAUGGCCUGAGUCGACAAAAAAGAAAAUAGGAGGAAUGAAGAGCAAGAAAACAAAAAGGGAUUCUAUCAUAAACCUUGCCAAGACCAAAACAAACAUAGUUUAGUACGGGCUCUAUUCAAUCCGCAUGGCGGAAAUCCAGCUUUACAGCGCGACAUAAAUGUAAAGGCAAUGUUCCCGAUUAGUGGAGGCUGCUGAGGGGAGGGCAGCUCAUAGUAAGGAAUGGAACGUUUUAACACCAUUCCAGCCAGUAUGAGCCAUAAGCAGUCUCCACUGGUCCCGAUUUAGCAGACUGCAUUCAUGCUAAACGCUGCUUAUUUUGGCUAAAUAGGAAAUUACCUUUACGUUGCAGAAUCUGUAACACUUCAGUUUAACAGAUUGAAUACAGUCCCAAUUAUAAUGUAGAUUUUAGUUGAUGUAUUCUGUUCAAAUUCAAAAUAUAAUUUUGGUGACAUCUGGUGGAUUGGUUGUGAUUUACAGAGAAGAGGGGAACAAAAACAUGGAACUCUGUUGACCUCUGCUGGCAUACCAUACCCAGAUGCUCUCAAGAAAAACACAGCGGUGACGCGGGUGGGUGAAGAAUGCUUCUCUGGAUAAUGGAGGUUAAGCAUAAACAUGGC